CCCCCGCCGCCCGCGCCGCUCCCCUGCCCGGCUCGCCGGCCCCGGGCGCGGGGGAGCGGCGGAGCCCUCCGCCCGCCGGGUGCAUGGACAGGAGCUCCCUGCUGCAGCUCAUCCAGGAGCAGCUCGACCCCGAAAACACCGGCUUCAUCGGGGUGGAGACGUUUGCCAGCCUGGUGCACAGCCAUGAGCUGCCCCUGGACCCUGCCAAGCUCGACAUGCUGGUGGCCCUGGCACAGGGCAACGAUGAGGGGCAGGUCUGCUAUCAGGAGCUGGUAGACCUGAUCAGCAGCAAGCGCUCGAGCAGCUUCAAACGCGCCAUCGCCAACGGGCAGCGGGCGCUGCCCCGCGACGUCCUCCUGGACGAGACCGGCCUCGGCUUCUACAAGCGCUUCGUCCGCUACGUGGCCUACGAGAUCCUGCCCUGCGAGAUGGACCGGCGCUGGUACUUCUACCAGCACCGCACCUGCCCACCCCCCGUGUUCAUGGCAGCCGUCACCCUCACCCAGAUCAUCGUGUUCCUCUGCUACGGGGCCCGGCUGAACAAGUGGGUGCUGCAGACCUACCACCCCGAGUACAUGAAGAGCCCCCUGGUUUAUCACCCCGGGCACCGGGCGAGGGCCUGGCGCUUCCUCACCUACAUGUUCAUGCACGUGGGGCUGGAGCAGCUGGGGUUCAACGCCCUCCUGCAGCUGAUGAUCGGGGUGCCCCUGGAGAUGGUGCACGGCAUCCUGCGCAUCAGCUUCCUCUACCUGGCCGGGGUCCUGGCAGGCUCCCUGACUGUCUCCAUCACUGACAUGAGGGCCCCCCUGGUUGGGGGCUCAGGGGGGGUCUACGCCCUCUGCUCAGCCCACCUCGCCAAUGUCGUCAUGAACUGGGCCGGGAUGCGCUGUCCCUACAAGCUGCUGCGGAUGGUGCUGGCGCUGGUGUGCAUGAGCUCCGAGGUGGGUCGCGCCGUGUGGCUCCGGUUCUCGCCGCCGCUGCCGGCCUCGGGCCCGCAGCCGUCCUUCAUGGCUCACCUGGCGGGGGCCAUCGUGGGCAUCAGCAUGGGGCUGACCAUCCUGCGCAGCUACGAGGAGAGCCUGCAGGACCAGUGCGGCUGGUGGGUGCUGCUGCUCUCCUACGGCACCUUCCUGCUCUUCGCCGUCUUCUGGAACAUCUUCGCCUACGACCUGCUGGGAGCACAGAUCCCCCCCCCGCCGUAGCCCACGCCCCCCGCCCCGGCCCUUCGGUUGGUUUGUUUUCCAGGCCCGGUGGAGGGGUCGGGGGGUCCCCGCGCGUGACAUGGGGACAGGCCACCCCCCGCCCGCCUGCCCCCUCGGUGCUACAGAACGCGCCGCCCCCCACCCCGGGCUGCGCCCCCCGAAUGUACCUGCCGACCCCCUGCGCUGUACCCCCACCCCAAAGGAUGCUUCAGCCCUGCCCUGGCAUCGCAAACCCCCCCGGGGUGCCCGCAGGGCUCGGGAUGUGCCCCCCGGAAGGAGCCGAGUGUGGGGACCCCUUCGCUGGCUCCUGUACCCCCUUCCCAGGGUCGGGGCUAACACUCGUUGCCCCCCAGGACCUGCACUUUCACACGAAGGACUGGUGCCAAAAUAGGAGCGAUUUAUUUUUCUACGCCAAAAUAAAUAUAAAUAAUAGAAAGAGAGGAAUUAAAAAAAAACCAGAAGGAUAUGGGGAGAGCCCGGCAGGAACCAGCUGAGACCGGCACAACUCGUUUCGGCAGUGCCCUCGGGGCGCAGCCCCCCCUUCCCCGCGCCCCGGCCCCCCCCGCUUUGCUGCCAGCGCCCUCCCCGGGGCGGGGGGUUCGCCACGGGAUGGGGGCGCAGGGGGGGUCCCCGCUCUGACCCCCCCCCCGACCUUUUUGGAGUAUAAAUAAAUAUUUUGCACACUG